AUGCGUGGACUUUCUGGUUAUCACAUCAUGAUAGUUUCGAAGUACCUCGAGACUGUCAGAGAUUUUAUUAACUUGGAGUUGGUAUGCAAGAAGUUUGGUGGCAAUAUGGAAAAGUUCCACUUCAACCCGAUUCCAUUAAAUUUCAAAACACUUGGAUACUUGCCAAACAUCGAGACACUUCACUUGUGGGAUGUAACGGAUGAGAAUUUUGGGAAUGGAUUUAUGAUAAACAAAAGAAAAAAUAGAGAAGGUAAAAAUAAAGGUGUUUUAAAAAGAGAAUUCUUUCGAAUCAUCGUGUGGUUCAAUGUUGACUUUGAAACUGUUGACAGAAACAAAAAUCGAAACAUCAAGUUUAAAAAUGUUACUUACACUCAAAAAAAUAGAGAGAAAUUUGGUAAUAACAUACCAUCGAGUGUGACAUCGAUUGGUGAAGGUUGUUUCAGUCGAUGUAGUAGUUUAAGCAGUGUUACAAUACCAUCAAGUGUGACAUCAAUUAGUAAUGGUUGUUUCAGUGAAUGCACCAAUUUAAGUAGUGUUACAAUAUCAUCAAGUAUUAUAUCAAUUGGUGAUAGUUGUUUCAGUUAUUGCAGUAGUUUGAGUAGUGUUACAAUACCAUUUGGUGUUAAAUCAAUUAAUGAUCAUAGUUUCAGUGAGUGCAGAAGUUUGAGUAGUGUUACAAUACCAUCAAGUGUGACAUCUAUUGGUAAUUAUUGUUUCUAUGAGUGUAGUCGUUUGACAAGUGUUACAAUACCAUCAAGUGUGACAUCUAUUGGUGCUGGUUGUUUCUAUGGGUGCAGGAGUUUAAGUAGUGUUACAAUACCAUCAAGUAUUAUAUCAAUUAGUGAUGGUUGUUUCAGUUAUUGCAGUAGUUUGAGUAGUGUUACAAUACCAUUUGGUGUUAAAUCAAUUGGUGAUAAUAAUUUCAGUGAGUGCAAAAGUUUGAGUAGUGUUACAAUACCAUCAAGUGUUAUAUCAAUUGGUGACGAUUGUUUCAGUUAUUGCUAUAGUUUGAGUAGUGUUACAAUAUCAUCAAGUGUGACAUCAAUUGGUGAUAGUUGUUUCAGUUAUUGCUAUAGUUUGAGUAGUGUUACAAUACCAUUUGGUGUUAAAUCAAUUAAUGAUUAUAGUUUCAAUAUAUGCAGUAGUUUGACAAGUGUUACAAUCCCAACAAGUGUGACAUCUAUUGGUGACGAUUGUUUCUAUGAGUGCAGCAGUUUGAUCAGUGUUAACAUACCAUCGAGUGUGACAUCAAUUGGUGAUUUUUGUUUCAGUGGAUGCAGUAGUUUAACAAGUGUCACGAUACCAUCAAGUGUGACAUCAAUUAGUGAUGGUUGUUUCAGUGGAUGCAGUAGUUUGAGCAGUGUUACAAUACCAUUAAGUGUGACAUCAAUUGGUAGUGGUUGUUUCUAUGGAUGUAGUAGUUUAAGAAGUGUUACAAUACCAUCAAGUGUCAAAUAUAUUGGUAAAGAUUCUUUCCCAUCAAACACAUUAGUUCAUCGAAGCCAAUGA